UUUGUCAGAUGGUAGUAGUCUUGCUCGCUACUCAGAUACCUGGACUCGUCCAAAUCGGCCAAUAGGUGGCGCUACAGCGAUCAAAAACGCAAAAACGCUCAUAACUCCUAGACCGUUUGUCCUAAAUUUAGAUUCACGGUCACUAAGUGGCGCCAAAACAUUCGAAAUGGGCGGAGGCACUUUUACUAAAAUGGCUAUAACUCAUUAACAAAAUGAGAUAUUUUCACCAAACUUGGUACUCAUGAAUAGGGGCUCAAUCUUUGUUUACGAUAAAAAAAAAAUGCGUCGAUUGGACACUAGGUGGCGCUAACUUGAAAAAAACAAGAAAACAGCUGUAACUAUGCAACUGUUAGUCCGAUCAACUUGAAAUUUGGCGUGCAGUGUCUUGGUUCAAGGGGGCAUGAUAGUCUAUGAGGACAUUGGCGUAUCUCAAAAAACAUGGCCGCCAUCGAUCAAUGAAGUUUGAGCACCUAUUAGAUAAGGUUAACGGAGGCCGAUCAGAAACGAAACUCUGUGGGCAUGUUCAACUCAUGGGCCUAGAGGUCUGUAAGAGUUCGAAGAAAUCGGCCACUAGUUGGCGCUAACGAGUUUUACGCCUCAGUAAUCAUGUGGUGUUUCACAGAUCCACACAAUAUGCAUAUCAUUUGAUAGAUCUCCACAUUCUGAACAACUUUGCCUCAAGAACUAAUGCUGUCAAUUAAAUCAUUCAUUAAUUAUUCGCGAAUAUGUGAAAAACCUACUUUUGCAAACUAGUCCUAGGUUUUUCGCCCGAUUGGAAAAAAAACAGUGCAGGACAAUUCUCUGGACUCUCUAGAUCAAUAAUUAUCAAAAAAAAGUUGAACUUUACCCUUUGGGUUGCUAUAACAGGAUCAUUUAGAAAAUGGGCGUGGCAAAAUGUACUCAAAAGCCAAUAAAUCCUAAACAAAAACUCAGAACUCAGAAGAUUAUAUACUCAUCAUGUAGUGUUCUGAUCAGCUGAUCUCAUCUGGACCGUCAUAUAUUAUCAAUUUCACACCUUUCUACAGCAUGAGAUCCAACAGUGUUUUAAUAAGAAAAUCUGGACUAUAUAUCCAGAGGGAAAAAAAAUUGACUAACAGCUAGCGUAACUCUGUGGUUGAAUGUGAUUUGAAAAAAUCCGUCCCUACCCACUUUGGUAGUGCGUCACCCCUAUGAAAUCCACCCCAGGUCAGAGCAGGGACAACAGCGUCAGACCCGCUCCAACCACUAACCCUACCCUUCACUUUAAAGGAUUAGUUCACUUUCAAAUGAAAAUUACCAAAAAGCUUUACUCACUCUCAAGCCAUGUAUGACUUUCUUCUUUCUGACAAACACAAUCGUAAAAAUGGUAAUAAAUAUCCUGACACAUCCGAGCUUUAUAACGGCAGUAUGCGUUACUAAACGAGUAUGAGCUGAAGAAAGUGUUUCCAUCUUCAUCCAUCCAAUAUAAACAUACUCCACACAGCUCCGGGGGGUUAAUAAAGGCCUUCUGAAGUGAAGUGAUGCGUUUGUGUAAAAAAAAAUAAAAAAAAUAUCCAAGUUAUUAAACAAGUUAUUAAAUAAAAUAUCUAACUUCCGCCAGACCGACUUCCGUAUUCAAAUUCUGGAAAAAACGGAACUGGUGUCGCGUCAAUUCCAUAAGUUGAAUAGGGAAGGCGUAGAACGUACAGCGUAAGCUUUCUGACGAAUACGGAAGGCGGUCUGGCGGAAGCCAGAUAUAUUACUUCAUAACUUGUUAAAUAUGGAUUUUUUUUUUUUUUUUUUACACAAAUGCAUCGCUUUGCUUCAGAAAACAUUUAUUAACCCUCCGGAGCCGUGUGGAAUAUGUUUAUGAUGUAUGGAUGUAGAUGAAGACACUUUCUUCAGCUCAUACUCGUUUGGUAACGCAUACUGUUAUUAUAAAGCUCGGAUGCCACAGGAUAUUUUUUAAUAUUUCUCUGAUUGUGUUCGUCAGAAAGAAGAAAUUCAUAUACACCUAAGAUGGAUUGAAGGUGAGUAAAGCAUGGGGUAAUUUUCAUUUGAAAGUGAACUAAUCCUUUAACUAUGCAAACAAAUGAGAAAUGUAAAUACCACCUAACCACUAAAUCUAUAUGCUCCACACCAACACCGGUUUGAGACUGCAGGUUUGGCGCUGUUGUCCGCAGACUGCGGUUACACAUGGUUCUGCAGUUGUGGUUUCUUCAGCCUUGUGGCGCCCUCUAGUGAUCAAUGCUGCACAGUGCGAGCGGAAAUCAAUUACAACUCACUCUUUAUAGACCAAUCACAUCUAAUCACCAACUGAAGGCCUUUUUUGAUUGUUUAGUUUCCACCUGUAGGACAAACGAUACGUAAAUCAUAAGCAAAACUUAAUUAUAGAUACACAGACAAUUGAUAUGAAAGUGAAUAGCAUUACUCGCCUAGUUCUAGGUUCGAUUCUUGUCAUUUUCUUCAAACCAACAUUGCUAAAUAGUGCUUUAUCUUUAUCAGAUGAGAGAGUCGAUCGCCCACAAACAGCACGCGGGAAACAUCUUGGGAAACUUCUAGUGCGCGAUUCGUUCACAAACACGCCAGACUUGACGCGCCAGAGAUCGGUGCCUGUCCUGCGGAUUCGUGGCCAAGCACCUGCGAGGAUCCCACCUGGCCAAGAUUACCUGCCCGAAUUCAACCGCCUCCCGGAUGUGUCGGUGACUUGCUCGAGCAAAGGUUUCGUGUUAAGGGUGAAGAAGAGUUUCUACGGUUUCUCGGCCGUCGCAGAGGAGCUGACGCUCGGAGAAACCUGCAAAAGUAACGGGGUCCUUGAGCCGCAUGAAGACUUGCUCUUCACAUACGCGCUCACGGACUGUCAGGGUCAACAACAGGUGGUUCCUGAUUACGUAGUUUACAAGUAUGUCCUUCACUACGUGCCGCUAUUACACCGAAACCCAUUCAUUUAUCACAGAGUGAAUGUGGGCGUGGAGUGUCGCCAUAAAAGGAACCAUCAUGUGCACAGUCUGAUGAUAAACCCGACAUUGAGGACACCAUUGCGCAAAGUCAUAAGGAGCAGAUCUGGUGACUUUCGGAUUCAGCUGAUGGACGACUCCUGGUCUUCUCCAGUCAGAUCUGCUGUGUACCUGCUGGGUCAGAAUGUGAACGUGCAGAUCUCCACUCGACACCAUUACCCUGGGGUCAAGCUUUUUAUCAACAGCUGUUAUGUGGCUACCGUUAACACUUUGAGUCCAGCCACCAAAUACAGCAUCAUAGACAAUUACGGGUGUUUACAGGAAAGCCGGAUAAAUCCAGGUGCUUCAAGAUUCAGAUUAUCCAGGGCAGACAAUGUUGUUCAGUUCUCUUUUGGUGCUUUCCAAUUCAUUGAGGCUCCAGAUGCCCAGGUCUCACUCCAUUGUGAAGUCUCUAUGUCUGGUGGAGGCCCUAGUCCAAUGCAGAAGUCAUGUUUUUACAGGCACCCAGACAAAAGAUGGAUCUCUGUGUUUGGGCAAGAUUCUGUCUGUGACUGCUGUGACUCAGUCUGCAAUCAGACUAAAACCAAACGAAUAAUUUAUGAAGGGUUCAUAAGCAGUGAUCAAGUGCUCUUCUCUGACACAUCUAUGGCUUCCUCAACUUUAAACAGCACUCUCAGGGCUAAUAGAAAUGAUGACACCAUCUGGUUUGAAGCCAAACUGGCCAAAGAGCCCCAGAGGUCCUACACACAUGAGGACUUUGUUGCCUCUGUUACCCUGAUAUCUUCUGAAGAGGCCCAUGAUAAGCUGUUUCGCACCAGCACAGUGGAACUCAUAGAGGAGGAAAGGAAAGAGAUGGAAGAGAUGGAGAAGGAAGAGAAACAUGGGGAUGUGGAGAUAUUGAUGGCUAUCAGUAAAAACUCUGUGGGAUCUGAAAGGCCGGAUUUAGACGCCACGGAGCAGUUUGAUGUUGAAUCCUUGGACUGGACUGGAAAGAGGAAGAUGCAGGAUAUGAAUAAGGGUCUGAGUUAUUGGCCAAAGACAGUUCAGAGAAUGGGAAGUUCCAUGAAGACAUCCGUUAUGCUCAAUGAAACCAUGGAGCAGCAUUCCAAAAUAAAUGAAUCUGCACUGGGUGACUGGAAACUCCAUAAUGUGUUUCUGUCAUCCUUUAUCUCAGAAGAAAAGAAUAAGGAAGAUGUAAAUUCUUCUGAAAAUAAAAAUGAAGGUUUGGAUUUCUUGUUAAUUGACGUCUCUUCAAACGAUGAAGAGUUUCCAGCUGGAUCUGAUGAGCUGGUGGAGCAGGGUCUUGUGAGAAAACUGGAUCUUAUGCAAAACUCAGAUGAUUAUUAAUUUUCAGAAGGGGUGUGAUUCAGAAUUGUUGAGGACCUAGAAAAUGUCUGUAUUUUUUGUUCAUUUUGAUGAAUAAACAAAAGAACCACGUAAUGGUGAAUAAAUAAAACUAGUAUUUCAGGGAUGUCUUGAUUUUGACCGAUAAGCUGUGUAUUGAGAUAUUAAAUUACUUUUGUGACAUGGUUUACUGGUUUCCAUGAUAAUGCCUUUUCAUUCAUUGUUCAAAAAAUCCUUUUCAAUGCUUGAAUAAGAAUAUCCUAACUGUGAUCUUUAGUACAAGUUUUUCAUGCUGUGUGUAAUGUUAUCAUGGGUCUAGCACAUGUUUGGUCUUGUACAAUGACAUUUCAAGACUUCAGGGAAAAGUCAGACUAAAUAUUUUCAUUCCGAUGGAACGACGUUUAUUCAUACAUCAUUGUGACAAUAUCAAAGAUAUAUUGUGGUCCUCACCCACACUGACCUUUUUGUGUGUUGUAAUGUCAAUAGGACUGUAAUGCUUGUAAAUGUGAAAGAACUGGUUGUGCGUAUAUCCGUUGGUCCUGCAACAAUUCCGUCUGAUUAUGUGGUUUUCUGUUAGAACUAGCAGAUGUCAUUUUGGAAAAAAAAAAAUGUUUUAUAUAGACUGUCAAGUACAGUCAUGAUUUGUGAAACAAAUGUUAAACACUCAUGAGAUACUAUGAAAAUAUAUUUUAUUUUCUCUUGAUCACUGUAUAGUUUUCUUACACAGUGUAAUAAAUUAAACAUAUUACAGAUGUGCAAGGAAAAUAUUUCACACAGAAAAAUCUCAAUACAAUGUAGAACAUUUAUAAAGAAUUUAAAAAAUCCUAAUCCUCAGUCUAAAAACACAUACAUUAGUGUACAGCAAUUUGUUAAAUUCUAUUUUACAUCAAGAUUCAAUAAAUAGUGUAACAAAAACUUUUGAUUCACUGCAGUGUCAUCUUGCCAUCAGGUCAAAAUGAAAACGCUUUUCCAGUGGCAGAGUAUUUAUGGAUACAAUGAAAUGUUUCAGUGCACAAACUCAACCACAUCCACGAAUAGUAAAUAACUGUAAUGCAUUUGUAAAAAAAAAAAA